AUGGCGGCCAUUCUGACCAUGGUCAGCACCGCCUUCGCUGCCAGGGGCUUCCUCGACUCCUGCUCUGACUUCUCCAUCACCAACCUCAACGGCGGCCAGGGCCGUUCCAUGAUGCUCAAGGCCAAGUGCAAGGUCGAUAGCCUGCACAACAACUUGUCUCAGCUGGACCUCAACGGCUGCUUCGGCUGGACCAGGGACGCCUGCGGCUUCACCUACCCUCCUUCGAGCGGCCUGACCAACUCUGUGGGCACCUGUACCAACCACUACUCUGGUGGCGAGGAGCACUUCGGCGCCAACUUUGGCUGCUUCGGCCCCUGCAGUGGCGGUGGCACUGUCUUCAACGUCUUUGCUCUCAACCAGUACAUCGGCAACGACAACGGCAACCUUGUUUGCUAA